UGAAGUGAGGAACGUUAGGAAUGUCAGUGGUCAGAAGUGAAAAAGAAUGAUGUUUAAUCAGCUGUUCACCUUCUAUGAUUAAAUACUAAUUGCUAUUAUACAAGUGUUGUUUAUAUUAAAUUGUGUCAACAUGAAUAGUUCAGCGGAUCCUAGACGUCCUGAACGAGAGGUUAGGUACAAACCUGCUGCUGCAUGUAGUCAAGCGCAACCAGGCGACAUUUCAACGCCAGACUACAUGAACAUAUUAGGAAUGAUCUUCAGUAUGUGUGGCUUGAUGAUGAGAUUAAAGUGGUGUGCUUGGGUUGCCUUAUAUUGUUCUUGUAUUAGUUUUGCAAAUUCUAAAGUAAGCGACGAUACUAAGCAAAUUCUUAGCAGUUUUAUGUUGUCUAUAUCAGCAGUUGUUAUGUCGUACUUACAAAAUCCACAGCCCAUGACGCCACCAUGGGCAUCAGCAAUGCAAUAAAAGUAUU